AUGUCCUUUACGGCUCGUGAGCGCAACAACCCACCGCCCCGCAAGAAGAGCUGCGCGGCAUGCAUCAAGGCCAAGCGCCGCUGCGACUUUGCCGUCCCGGCCUGUUUGCGGUGCUCGCAGCGGCGCAUUGAGUGCGAGUAUCCGUCACGUACGCCGCAGGUCAAGGCCAAGGUCAAGGCCCCCAAGCGUGUUUCGCACGAGCCGACGCCGUUGCAAGAUGUGGUUGUUGCUGAUGGCGCCGUGGGCGAUGGCUGCACAGGUGGCCAUGCUGCACCCGUAGACGGAGAGGCCAGCCAGUACGGCAUGCAUCCAUUUCUCUGCGACCUUGAGACCCUUGACUACGGUGCUGAGAGUCAGGGCUACGACGUUGUGCACCAGCCGUCCAUGCUGGCAGCGCCAACCACCAAGGGACUUCAUGACCGACUGACGGAGGUUGUCGCGAGAAGAUUACAGUUCUCCUUGGACCAGAUCCAGAAAGCACCUAGGACCAUGGUGAUGGAGACGCGGACACCGUGGUCGCACCCGCUCGUCUAUGCCGACGGCAUGCCCCGUUCGAUGCAAGACGCUCAUGCUUCCUGUGCACUCUAUUUGGCAAAGAACCGAGCAAACGCACCCGUCAUUCUCCGUUGCAUCGAGUCUCGAGUGGAGGAUUUACUGUGCGAGCCUUUACCCACAACGCCAAUGGACAGCCUCGCUCACACCCAAGCGCUGCUCCUCUACCAGAUUAUCCGCCUCUUUGACGGGGACAUUAGCGCCCGAGCAUCAGGCGAGCGCCUCAUUCCAAUCCUCGAGACGUCUGCAAUUGGCCUCCUCGCACACGUCGUCUUCGACACCGAGGCAAACUGUCCAGACCGUUUCGCCGAGUGCUGCGUGGCCACGCUCUCGGAUCUGUGGAAAGACUGGAUCUUCCAAGAGUCGGCGCGGCGGACGCUCCUCUUUACCUUCUUCUUUCUGCAGGCCUAUCGCCUGCUCACAGGCAGCCAGAACCUGUACCAGUGCGAUGGGCGCCUGGGCCUGUGCCACUCCUGGAUGGUAUCGGAGCAUCUGUGGCAGGCGGAGACAGCGCUGGAGUUUAGGGACGCUUGGCGGCAAAAGAAUCACUUCCUCGUCAUCGACGGGCAAUUCACCGCAGUGCUGAGUGAAGCAAAGGCCGCCGAUGUCGACCUAUUUGGAAAGAUGUUGCUCUCCGCGGCGAUGGGAAUCCCAGAGCUGGAGGCUUGGUUUGCUAGUCGGGGCGGUUCGCUAAAAUGA